UUUCAUCUCGUCCAUACAGCUUUCAGCCUUUCAACGGCCAAGUCGCUUACCUGUGGAUUUGGCUCCAUCCACUCUCCUCUGGCCUUCCCCUCCAAUCCAUCGUCUACGAUGCUACUGUCUGCAACUACUCCUCGACCACCUCUCUCCAACCCCAAAUCUCUCGCCAUUAACCUCCAUUUCUGCACCAAUAUCAGCUCCCUUCGCUCUCUCAGACCUUACGUUCCCAAUCAUAGAAGACGCCCCUUCCUCCUCUUCACCCACGCUUCCUCUUCCCUCACUAAUCCUAACCCCCACACGCUCCGCCACGUAUCUAACCACGAUGAACCCGAGGGACCCCUGGUCUCCUCCGCCUCCGCCGUCGCCUCCGCCAUUCGCAAAGCUUCCACCUCCCCCGUUGAGUUCUUGCAGAGGACCGAAAAGGACCACAAGAGUCGCCUGGUUCUUCCGAGCCCUGAUUUUCAGCGACUCUGUAUCGAACAGUUAGACCUCUUUCGCCGAGUUCUUGAUCCCGACGCUCAGCUCUCGGUCUAUGUAAGGCCAGCCGGUAGUUAUGUGAUGGACCGUCUAGAGCUACGUCGCGCUACCGUUUAUCCUGGAGGAGUGGAUGUGUCCGACACUGUGAUAUUAGUCGGCACUUUCGGUGUUCCCACGGGUUUGCGCGCAGCAGAAGCUGCCCUUUCCAAUCAACAAGUAGAAGUCUUCGUGCCUGAGAACAGGGCCGUGGUCUUUCCGAUGGUGAAAAACCCGUUUGUGGUGGGGUUCUUGGUUGCCGAGCUUCCGAUGUCGGAGCCAGGAGCGUGUGAGGAUGUGGUGAGUGAAGCGCAUGAUUUGAUUCACUACUUCCCUUCUCCGGAGGAAGCAUAUUCUUUGCCUCCAGGGUCGGGUAUCAAAUCCUGGGAAAUUCAAAGUGUCAAGAAUGAGCCAAUGAGUAUGUACAGGUUUAGUGCCGAGCAGAGAGCAAAUGCUAUCAACAUCUCUCGGUCUCUAGCAAUGGCAUAUGUUAUGGAUCAGAAAGCAAUGUUGCUCCAGCAAUCAUCAUGGCAAAAUAAUGUCAGGAUGUGUGAUCUGGUUGAGCAAAUUCGUGGUCCUCUUUCUAGCAUUCGGACUUUAGGUAAAAUGCUAUCUAUUCAGUUGAAGAAAAGUGAGAUUUCUUAUGACAUUAUCAAAGACAUACUGGUGCAAGGUGAUCAUAUUAGAGAUACCCUUCAACAACUCCAGGAUGCAGUUUACUUGACAAAGGCUAAUAUAGUUCACUACAAUGAUGAAACAUUGAAGAAAGUGCACAAUUCUACUUAUGCCCAUGAGUCGGUGAGGUCUCAGUUACCAAAUAACCUUUCAAGCGAUGGUUCAAAAAAUAAGGUGCAAAAGUCUCUCGAGCCACUUUCUCUAAAUGCUGUAGCCAAGGAUUUAGAGAUGCCCCUCCCACCCCUGGCGCUUGCACCUCUACAGCAUGGAAUUAGACCAUGCAAUAUUUCUACUGUGUUGGCAGAUUUGAUUGAGGCUGUGAGACCUCUUGCUCAUAAGCAACAACGUGUAGUAGAACUAAGUGAACUUUCAGAUCCCCUGCAAGUUGCUGUGGAAGAACCUGCUUUGCGGCAGGCCCUGAGCAAUUUGAUUGAGGGUGCAUUAUUGCGUACACAUGUUGGAGGAAAGGUUGAAAUUGUGUCUACUGGAGCACCGGCAGGUGGUUCCCUUGUAGUUAUUGACGAUGAUGGGCCUGAUAUGCACUAUAUGACGCAGAUGCAUUCCCUCACACCAUUUGGAGCAGAUCUCUUUUCGGAAGAUAUGGUUGAAGAUAAUAUGACAUGGAACUUUGUUGCUGGGAUAGCUGUUGCUCGUGAGAUACUAGAGAGUUACGGCUGUGUACUCCGUAUCAUAUCUCCCCGGACCACAGAUGCUGCCCUUGGGGCAGGUGGAACUCGUGUGGAACUAUGGCUUCCAUUGUUUCUGGAAUCAUCUGAUUUGAAUGGCCACACUCAGAAGGAAUAGGAAGGAAUUUACAUUUCAUGGCAGAGAUCUAACAUGGAAUAAAGAGAACGAUUAAUGCUGGGUUCAGUUGACAAGAAUGAGGCAGAAUAGAAUCCAAAAAUUCUUGCUCGCUGGCGCAUUUUCGGUGUGUAUAAUUUUGAGGGCAUGCUGUAUAGUAUCUUCAUUUGUUUGUUUGUCCUCUUACUGCGGCAUACAGAUUGAGAAAUUUGUAGAUAGCAAAAAGGUUUAGGUUUUAUUGAAAGCUUAUAAGAAAGACAGAACACUUCAAUGCUAAAGCUACUGACUGAAUGAUGUAUAUAUCUGUUAAGUGUAAAAAUAAUAUUUUGUCAUGUUCUUAUUUCCAUAUCA